UAAGGAUGAAACUGAGGAAUGUUUGACACAGCAUGUGUUUCUCAAUGGGAGGGGACAUAGUAUGGGAACAAAGUUGCAACUCGCUGCUCACAUCACACGCCUUAUUUUUACAAGAUGCCAAUCAUCUCUCUGAAUAUAUAAUUUAGUGGCCUGCAAAGAAAAGAGAAGAAAGAAGAGAGCGAGAACCCCGUGAAACAAGCAUGUCAAAAGAGGGAGACAGAGCGUCCGUGCUGCGUACCACCAAAGUCCGGACAAGGCUGAGGGGAGACGCCAGCUGGUUGCAACGCAGCAAUGACUCUAAGGAUGAAACGCAGGAGGAGAAACCAUGGAUAGCAGAAGUUAAAGCCAGCCGUCUGAGCGGAGCCCCUGCUGAUACCAGUCCAGUGUCUUCGCCAACAAAUUCUACUCCGCCACCAACCAAGUCUGACACCGAGAGGCAGCCAACAUCCGGAUACCUUAUCAGGGGUGUUUUCACUAAAGUGGACAAGCCUCCAUCCUCACCAUCUAACGGCUUUAGCAAAACACUGCAAUUCAACAAAAAGCCUUCAGAGACCUACAAGAAAAUAGCCCCCCACACUGUGCGGUCUGCUGCAGAGAAACAGGAGGGCCAGCUUAGCCUCGAGGAGCAGGAGAAGCGGACGGAGAAAGCCAGUAAUGUUCUGAGGAAAUCUGCAACCAGGCAACGGUCUUACGUGCUUUCAGCUGCAAAGAAAUACGAGUCUCAAGAAACGCCCGACACAUCGCUCAGCAAUAGCAGUCCAGCAUUUGUGGCUACAAGGGUGGAGAUUACUGAUGAUGAUGAGCCUUCUGAGACUCCUGCACCUGCCAGCGCUGUGCUGCCAUCCCCUGUUGUUCCUGUCACAUCUGUUGCAUCCAAGCCUGCGCCCGAACCUCAGAAAAUUGCUGACACCAGCACUAAGACAGCUGCUGCUGUGAGUGUUAAUGAGCCGGUUGCUCCAAAGUUGGAGAAGAAGGCCACCCCAGAGCCUGCAAAAGAAGAGACCCCUCAAGUGUCUGUUACAAAAGAACAGCCAACUUUUGACACCAAGGUGGCUGCUCCCCUCCCUGAUUGUCCUCAAGUAGCCUCUAAAGAGCCACAACCCAAAGAGUCUGGCCAAACUAAAACGCCUCUGGUUGAUCUUUCACCACCAUCGAUGUCCCCAAUAUCAUCUAAUCAAAAGUCCCCUGAGUCGACCACUGCAGUGUCUCCUGUCCCGACCUCCACUGUCACCAAGUCACCUGCACCU